ACAACAACGCGUGGAAUGAAGUUUUGUUUUGUUUCAUUUUGUACCUGAAAUUCUUGGAAAACGACGUUCAUGUUAUGUGACAGUCAGAUUCAAAGAAAAUACACCAUUUAUGGGAUUUUAAAAGUUUGAACCAAAAUGUUUGGUAAUCUUUUUGGGGAUGACGAGGAAGGUUUUGGAAGUGUAGCAGACGCCACUUCCCGUUAUGUCGACUCCAAAGGAAUACCAACCCCUCCCAGACCCCGACUUAAAUGUAACCUAGCAGGAAUUACGAAUCAAGGAGCCACAUGUUACCUGAAUUCACUCCUACAGACAUUACUUCUAACACCUGAAUUUAGAGAAUCUUUGUUCCAAAUCCCUAGAGAAGAACUCGGAAAUCUUCAGGAUAGAGAAAAAAUAGGAGCCAAGGUUCGAGUGAUACCAUUACAACUACAGAGAUUAUUUGUAAGAGUGUUGCUAAGUAACAGACAGAGUGUUUCUACACGUGAGCUCACGGAAAGUUUUGGAUGGUCAAAUAACGAGGAACUACAACAGCAUGAUGUACAGGAAUUAAAUAGAAUAUUAUUUAGUGCUAUCAGUGAUUCGUUGGCAGGAACAUCUGGUACCAACUUAAUAGAACAACUUUAUCAUGGUUCUAUUGUUAAUCAGAUUAAAUGCAUGGAGUGUGAAACUUGUAGAGAAAGGGAGGAAGAUUUUUUGGAUUUGACGUUAACUGUAGCUGGUAAUAUUGAUCUGAAAACAGCAUUAUGUAGAUAUUAUCAGGAAACAGAAUUAAUGGACGGAAAAAAUCAAUAUAAAUGUGAAACUUGCAAUAAACUAGUCAACGCUAAAAAGGGUGCUAAACUACGAAAGCUUCCACCAAUACUAUCUGUAUCAUUAUUACGAUUCAGUUACGACUUCCAGAAGAUGGAGAGAUACAAGGAAUCAGGAAAAUUCUCUUUUCCUUUAACCAUAGACAUGGCACCAUAUUCAGAUCAGCCUAGUGUUUGUGAUGAGUUCGAGUUAUUUUCAAUUGUAAUACAUCAAGGUGGAGCGUAUGGUGGACAUUAUCACGCUUAUAUCAGAGAUGUCGAUAAUCUAGGGACCUGGUAUAAUCCUGAUGAUGCAGAGAUACAACUGAUUCCUAGUGAAAAAAGUAAGAAACUGGAUGUUCAAGAGUUUGAUUCACCAUUACAGUUAAUAGAAGCUUUGUUAAAUGAAAAUAAUAAUAAAGCUAUGGAACUGGAUAAACUAGGCUCGGCCAUGGUUAAAAGAACAGGUGUAUCAUGGAACAGUAGAUUUAAACAAAAAUAUGGAGCAAUGACAAAGUUUUUAAGAAAGCAUGAUGAUGUGUUUGAAUUCAACCAAUCAAAAAACAUGAUACAUCUGAAAUCGACCAAUCGUAUAUCAGAUACUAGUAAUAAAGAACCUGAUAACCAAUCAACAGAUGGAGAUAAAACAGAUGUAAAAUGUAGACCAGAGUUACCUCCUCCUGAAGAGGGAAGAUGUUGGUAUGAUUUUGACGAUGCCAGAGUUUUUCCCAUCAGAACUAGCGAUAUAGAGAAACAGUUUCAUGGAAGAGAGAGUGCUUAUAUGCUGUUUUAUAGACGUAAAAACUUACCCAGACCUUCCGAAGCCAGAAACAAUCCGAGUUAUUGUAUCGGUAAAGAUUUAUUGGCAGAAGUAGAGAUGGAGAAUCGUGAGUUAGAGAAACAGCGGGCCGAUUACGAUGAAUUAAUAAAUAAAAUAACGCUACAGAUUCACUUCAGUUCACAAUAUAACGUAAACAAUGGUGUCCUUGAAACACGAUCAGAUUCUCUCGUUCCGUGGUUAGAGUUGAUGUUUGACAGACGGCUCACGAUGGUAGAAUUAUUAUCGGCUAUUAUGGAGCUAGGAGGAGAAUUGGUUCCAUCUAAUCCUGUUUUAAACAGAAUCAAGGAAUCUCCAGCUGGUUUACAUGUCUUUGAAUGUCUGACAGGUGAUGUUAGUAAAACUGUUGGUGAUGUAUCUAUUGUUGAUGGUGAUAAAAUAUUAGUCUGGGAUGGAAACCAGAUAGGAAAUAGUGAACCACCUGUAUAUACUAUAGUAUUAGAUGGUGAAAAUUCUAGUGAUUUUAGUAUAGGUUUUACUAAGAAUAAUUGUAUAGAUACCAACACUGCCUUACAGACUACAUCAUCAACAUCCUGUGAUAAUACUGUUACAACACCUCAACCAAGUCUUUCAGCUAUAAUCAACUCAGUGAUAAAGUUAACGUAUGCACCAGUAAAACCUGUAAAGAAUAUGUUAAUAAAAGAAGAAGAAAUUAUUUUAGAUAAUACUAUUACUGUACAAGAAUGUCUCGAUGCUAUGUUAUUACAAUCUGGUUUACCAGGUGAGAACUGGCAUCUACGUAAAACUAACUGGUGUGGUGAACCUACUGAUGUAUUAGAUGACCUUCAUAUGACCUUGAAUCAACUUCAAGUUCAAGAUGGAGAUCAUUUGUUGAUAGAAGAGGGCCGUUUACCAGUAAAGGGUUUUCUGAUUUUAACUAUUUGGCUUUACCCUCUACUGUCGAGUCUUCCAACAACAGCCAAUCAAAACUCUGGUUUAUUAACAUGGUUUACCAAUGGCCUUCAAGGUCUUCUACUGGGCACCAAUCAAUCAGAAGAAGACAAAGACAGCCAAUCAAAUUCAGAAGGACAAACAUCGAUUCAUAUGGGAGAGAUAGAUAUAUGGAAGGAGUCAACAUUAGAAGAAUUAAAAAUGCAAAUUUUAACGUUACCGAAAGUCGCACGUCUGGCGUUACCUAGUAUAUAUAAUAUACGUGUUAGAUUAUUAAACAAUCUACGUCCAUCAACCAUUCUUAGAGAUCAUUCACACACAAUCAAGAGACAUAAAAUACGCUCAAGUGAAGAUAUCGCUAUUCAAGUUUUACCUACAGAAGAAAAAUUAAGUACGAGCGAGAUAGUUUUGGAAGUAAGGCAGCACAUAGCCGGAACCAAGACAUAUACAGCAGGUGUAGAGGUUAUCUGGGAUAUAUCAACAGGUACUGGCAUCGACAGGCUUCAACACACUAUAGCAGACGCCCUCUCGUUACCAGUUAAUCAAAUUCUAUUGGCUAAAUAUCAGCCAGCUAAAUGUGAUUGGUUAAUAAUCAAAGAGAAACAACCAAUACAGUCGAAGCCUUCUUCAGGAAAAGGUAAAAAAGGAAAGAGAAAAGUUAAAGUUGAGAAAAUGAAUUUACGUCAGGCACCAUUUUAUAUAUCAGAUGGUGACGUUAUUGGUGUCAAGGAUGUAGUAACGUCUACAGAUGAUAUCAAUGAUUUUAAUACAGAAGAAGAUAUUAUUGCUCAACAAGAAUUAGGCGGGCUGGCUGAAGAGAAAAAGAUGAAAAGAAAAGACAAGAAAGAAGAAAACAAGACAAGUUUCAACAUGAGCACCCCGAAACAACGACGGCCAGAAGUGGCCUUGACAAUUAAAGUUGAUAAAUUCACGUAGCGAAAAAAUCAUCUCGAGUUAUUUCAUACUACAACUCGUGUAUCAUUUAGUUGUAGCUGUUUUACACAAGUUUCGCUAUUUAAUUAAUGUUUAGUUUCAAAUUAUUCAAAUUUGUUGAGAAUUCAUCUAAAAAUAUUGGAUUUUUACUGGUUGUACAUGACAAGGAGUCGAGUCGUCUGUCCAACAGCAUGGGUUUUCUCCGGGUCCUCUGGUUUCCUCCCACUGCUAAAGACCCCUAUGUGCAAACGAAUUAUUGAAAUAAAAUUUCUCCCUCUUUCAACAAUAGUUGAAUAUUUCAUGUUAGUCCUGAAAUGACCAAGUUUGUGUGGUGUGGACAUUAAACCCCCUUUCUCUCUGUCGCGUAGUUUAAAAUUGAACCAUAUGUUAGUCCCGAAAUGACCUAGUUUGUGUGGUGUGGACGUUAAACCCCCUUUCUCUCUGUCGCGUAGUUUAAAAUUGAACCAUAUGUUAGUUCCGAAAUGACCUACCGGUACUUUGUUUCAAGUGGACGUUAAACCCAUCUCUCUCUCUCUCCCGUAGUUUAAAAUGGUUUGUCUAGAUUAGAUAAUAAGUGUUUACUUUCCCGAAUUUGAACAAUUUGCCAACAAUGGUUUGAGAGAGAGAGAGAGAGAGAGAGAGAGAGAAAUGGGGUUUAAUGUCCACUGACACAAACUAGAUCAUUUUGGGACUAAUACAUGGUUCAAUUUUAUUUCUAUAAUUCACUUGCGCGUAGGGGUCUUUAGCAGUGGGAGGAAACUGGAGGACCCGGAGAAAACCCCCGAGGUUGGACAGGUGACCCUACUCCUUGUGACGUACAACCGGGGAAUCGAAACCACGCCAGUUGACUCAAUGACAGACCGUAUGAUACAGCGCGCGCGCGUGCUAACCAUUCGGCCAUCCAACCCCCCCACAAUGGUUUGAAACUAAACAUUAAUUAAAUAAAGAAACUCCUGCUGAAACAGCACAACAACACGAUAUCCAAGUUGUAGUGUUAUCUAUAUAUAUAUAUUUAUUUAUGUUGUUAUUGUUGUUAUGUUAUUAGGAAGGACCAUUAAGCCAAACCAAUUUAAUUUUAAUUCUUUGUGGACCCAGUGUCUGAUGUUUUGUUAAAAUUUCAAAACUUACAUAUUUGGAACUAAAAUACUUUUGAGAAGAGGAACUAAAUAUGUUUUGUUUUUAAAUCAGUUUGCUCCUUGAACAAACUAGAGACAAAAUUUAAAUCUGAUUAAAGAGACAAUAACACUCUUGCUGGCUUGAAAGCUCCAGAAAAUAAAUAAUAUCUCUAUCUAAGUACUAGAUGUUUUAGUGUCCUACCUGUUGUGUAAAUUAUGCAUUACAUCCUAUUUUACUUGUCCAGAGGGUUCGAAAAUAUUUUUAACUCGAAGUUUCAUUUGAAAAGGUUUAGGUUAGACCUUUCAAACCAUUAUGUUGAAUUUUUCAAAAUUUUUAAAUAAAGUGUGUUAAGAUGAAAUUUGUAUCAUCAAUUCAUUCUUAUAUUGUAAAAUAGUACAAUUUGUUGACCAGAAUAAAGAUUGGGACAUAUUAUUCAGUUACAACAAGAGUGGUAUUGAGCCUUUAAAACACAGAUCCUAUUUCCUUUCGUUUUUUUAUAGUUCAAAAUUUCUUUUUACUCGUGUUUACCUACACGAAGAUCAGGAAGAGUUGUUAUAUAACUCGUGUUCUGGUUGAAGUGAGGGAUUCACCGCCAAUGAAACGGUCUAUUACGGUGAGUUCUUGGCUAGCGAUGCACGGAACUGUAGAUAUCCCACUAGAAACGACAACGCCGAUUGAUUAAUCAAUGUCUGACGUCCUAGAGUCAAAAGCCGUUCGUACGACCUCUGACCGACCUUUUACUACAACCGGUCAGAUUUUCGUGUAGUGUAGGCCAUCAAAAGUAUAAAAAAAACGAAACGAAAUAUAGAUCUGUAAUUUAAUCAGAUUGGCAAAAUUUUAAAUUUUUUAAUAGGUGUUCCCAAAGAACAGAAAUUCAAAUUGGUCGGGCCUUAGGCCAAAAAAAAAUAAAAUCUAUGUUUAGGUUAAUGGCAGGACCAUUAGAUUAUGGUAUAGGGAUAUUCUGAUAAAUGUUUUUAAAUAUGUUGCUAGGAUAUGAUGCUUUUAGCUUUCUUCAUCUCAGAAUUUAGAGCAUAAAGAUGAGAACACGAAGAAUGGGUCAUCAGCAUCACACGACCUUUUAUAAAAAUCAAAUCAGAUUUGUUUCCAUGGAAACACAAAAAAAAUAGCAAGAGGCAAAAUUACUAUAAUAGGUUAAUGUGUGUAUACCUUUCAUAGGGUUAUCUUGAAUGAGAUGUUCCCAAAACAAGCUGGGACAAAAGGAACUUGGUUAUUUGCGUGGGUGGGGGGAGGAAGAGGGAAUUUUGAAAUUAUUUAAUAUAUUAGCUAGGAAAAUACUGGCAAUAUCUUAAAUAGAUUGUUAACAUCGUCGCUGAUGCAGGCUCAAAUCAUAUUAUCAAUGGUUGAUAAUUUCCCAGCUUUGAUUAAAUCGGAUUAAAAAGAGCCCAAUCAAAAGAUUUCAGUGAAAGUUAUUAAAAAAAUUGUUAAGGUUAUGACCAUCUAAAGUUGCCAUAACUUUCUUUUGAUUUCAUGCAACAGUGAAGUCUUAAACAAAGCACCUGGUCAGACCAUCUUUGUCAAUCUGACUAUGUUUGAUAUUUAACUUGUCCUGCUUGUCCUUUGGACAAUAGGUCAUCGAUAACGGACUUUGAUUUUUUUAAUGUUGGUUCCUAAUUCAUACAGUAUGCUCCUGAUGGUUAAUCCAUACAUCAUACCACAGGAGAUAGAUUAUGGCUUUUGAUAUGAUUGCUUUUAAAGAUGCAUUAUGUAAGAUUUAAAUAAAGAGCUGGCCGUUCUUGCUAUAAUAGUUUAAAAAUAGAUAAUGAAAAAUGAAUAUUUCAUUCAAAAUACUUUUUUAUGAGCAAAGUUAUCACUGUUUGAAGUUUUGACCAGAUCUAAUGGGUGUUUUUAUGUCUGCAAUCCAAUGAUCUAGAGAGUUGAUAAUGAACUUGUCUUGUGAAUAAACGUCUAAAUAAUAAUUCAUAUAAGAUCUACAGGAGGCAGAUUUAGCUCUUUAUGUAAUGUUACAGUAGUAAAUUAGAGUUUUAUGUCCAUACCAUACAACUGGGACAAAUUUUCAUUUCAAUAUUUCACAUAGGUACAGGGCUCUUUAGUAAUGGGAGGUAUAGCAUGGAAUAAUGGAGAAUUCUGCCCAGACGGCAUCAUUUCUACCUACCCUCUUUUGAAUUCCAACUAUCAAAGAUUCUUGAGCGUUGUAUGUGCACUCUGUAGGAACACGCUUUCUCAUCUCAUCCCGACCAGCCUGUUUCCUUGUCUGCCGUCAGACAAGCGAAGGAAGGCCGAGCUUAAAACAUUUUGAAGGUUCUUCUGGGCUCUCCUUGAGAUCUGAAUCUGGGACAUUCUAGUGACGAGUCGUGUUCCCCAAUCAUGCGAGUGCCUUGCCCCCAGCAAUGGCGAGUUAAACUCCCUGCCACAUGACUACCUCGCCCCCAGCAAUGGCGUGUCGUGUUCCCCAAUCAUACCAACACCCCGCCCCCAGAAAUGGUGUGUUGAACUCCCCGUCAUACGACAACCUUGCCCUGAGAAAUAGCAAGUUGAGCUCCCCACCACACAACUAUCUUGCCCCGAGAAAUGGCAAGUUGAGCUCCCGAACCAGAUGACCCUCUAGCCAUGGUGAUUCGAGCUACCCAACCCCACAACUACCUUGCCCCAAGCAAUGAGAAGAUAUCAAACAAUUGUGAUGUUAUUGUAAAAGGGGAGGUUACUUGUUAAUGAGUCAUGUUUGUAUAUUUUAAUUAUUAUUGUUAAACAUAUUUUUGUAAAUAUUGAGGAUUCAAGUAAAUCAAUUUUCUCUAUGUACAGGUACUACAAAAUAUAUAUAUUUAUGAAAUUGAUUCCCUGUGAAAUAAAA